AUGCAGCCGGGGGACCUCGUCCCCGAAACACUUCGCAGCGGGAGGGAUUUCCCCACUGGCUCCUCGCGGAGGAGGGAUACGCAGUGUCGGCCUGGACUUCGCAUCUCCCUCUUGGGUGCCAACGGAGUCUCUCUGGGACCCCCUCCAACUCACCAGCUGAAUUAAGGAGCUCCUGGGUGACAGGUUGCUCCAGUGGGCCCCGGUGAGGUGGUGGAGACUACAAAUGGGGUGUGCAAGUUUCCAGGGCAGCAGCUGAGCUGGUGGCAGGCUCAAGAGUCCUGUGAGCAGAGGUUUGGCCACCUGGCACUCGCGCCCCUGCCUGAGGUCCUUGCUCCACGGCUGCCCAACCCCAUCUGGGUGGGCCAAAAAGAAGCCCUUCUUCGGAGACCCCCAAAGAGACACGCGCUCACCAUGGCCGCGCUGGUGUUCGGGGAACGGACUGCGGACAAGGCGGCGAGGCUGCGGACACCCCUGCCCGCCCCAGAGGCGCUGACUGCGUGCGCGCACGUGCAGCGGGACGCCGCCUCGCCCGACACGGCCGUGCUCUUCUCCCUCGCGGCGCCCGCGCUGCCCAACGCGCUGCAGCUGCGCGCCUUCGCCGAGCCGGGAUAAGCCGUGCACGCGGCGCUGGCGGUGCGCGGCCACCACGCGCCCUUCCUCGCCGCCUUCCGCGCUGACGGCCGCUGGCACCACGUGUGCGGCACGUGGGAGCAGCGCGGCGGGCGCUGGGCGCUGUUUGCCGACGUGCGGCGGCGCGUCGGGGCGCGGGGACUGGGCGCGGGCCACCCGGUGCCAGCGGGCGGCAUCCUCGUGCUGGGCCAGGAUCAGGACUCUCUGGGCGGCGGCUUCUCGGCGCGCGAUGCCUUCAGCGGCAACCUCACCGGCUUCCACGGGUGGGCUCGAGCGCUGAGCCCCGCGCAGCUGCGCCUGGCGCGGGCCUGCGCGCCGCCCCCCGGCGGCCUGCUCUUCCGCUGGGCCCUGCGCGCCCUGGACGUCACGCCCUCGCUGCUGCCGCCCCUGCGGGUGCGCCCUCUCUGUCCCGUGCCGUCAGAGGAGUGCCCUACGUGGAACCCAGGAUCCCGUACCGAGGGCUCUUUGCUCUGCCUUCAACCACGGCCCUUCCUCUGCUGCUACCAGACAGAGACUUAUCAGCGGCUGCAGGAUGCCCGGUCGUGGCCUGGCCAGGAUGUUAUCAGCCGAGUCAAUGCCUUGGCCAACACCAUUGUGCUCCUCCCGGACCCUCUCUCUGAAGUCCAUGGACACCUGUCGCCGGCUGAGGCCUCCAGCUUCCUGGGUAUCCUGGAGGGAGACCUGGCAAAGGAGGCAGCUCCCCUGGGGCCUGCUGCAUUGCUGGUUUGCAUUCACUUUCUAAAGAGGGUGACAGCCCUCGGGGCCGGGGAGCCAGAGCCCUUAAGAGGGCCCUGGGAGCAGCUAGGCCGGGGCAUCGUGUCCGUGGUCAGCCUGGUCCUGGAGGAGCAGUUGGCUGGAGCGUGGCUCUCAGUCAGCAAGGUGGUCGGCGGCCCCAUGGCCCUGGUGGCAAGUGUACAGUGCCUGGCGCCCCUGCUGAGCACCGUGCUGACUUCCGAGCGGCCCCGACUGCACAUCCAGCGCCGGCGAGCCGGUCUCUCCAGAGUCACCGUGAUCCACAGCUGGUUCAGCUCAAGCGUCUUCCAGCACACCCUAGGGGAGCCUGGCCUAGAACCCCAGGCCUCUGACAGCUCAGAAGAGGCAAGCAAGACGCAGAGGUUUCUAAGCACCCAGGUGGGCUCAGCCAUCAUCUCCUCUGAGGUAUGGGAUGAAACCAGGGAGGUCAGCACGGCUGUGACCUUUCACCUGCAGCACCAGGCCCAGACCUUCCCGCAGAAACUGGUGGAGCCUGUCUGUGCUUUCUGGAACUUCAGUGUCAGCCCGGACACAGGGGGCUCAUGGGCCCCUACUGGCUGUUCUGUGGCCACUGUGUACGAGGACCCGACUGCCUGCUUCUGCAACCACAGCACCAACUUUGCUGUCCUGUUGCAGGUGUAUGACGUCCAGAGGAGCACCGAGGAGGAGUCACUGCUGAGGACGCUCUCGUUUGUGGGUUGCGGUGUGUCCUUCUGCGCCCUGGUCACCACCUUCUUGCUCUUCCUGGCAGCCGGGGUCCCCAAGUCAGAGCGAGCUACGGUCCACAAGAACCUCACCUUCUCCCUGGCCUCUGCCGAGGGCUUCCUCAUGGCCAGCGAGUGGGCAAAGGCCAACAAGGUGGCAUGUGUGGCCGUCACAGCUGUAAUGCACCUCCUCUUUUUGGUCGCAUUCUCCUGGACGUUGGUGAAGGGCCUCCUGCUGUGGAGCAAGGUGGUGGUCGUGAGCAUGCGCCCGGGCCCCAGGAUGACGCUCUACUACGCCACAGGCAGGGGUGUGCCCGUGGCCAUUGUGGCCGUCACCCUGGCCGUGUCCCCCCAUGACUACGUGGCCGCCGGGCACUGCUGGCUCAGUGUGCACACAGACGCCAUCUGGGCCUUUGUGGGCCCUGUGCUCUUCGUGCCGACUGCCAACACUUGCAUCCUGGUCCCCGUGGUCACGGUCACUGUGGCCGGUGCCCGCCGCCGUGCCCGCGUGCUGAGCCCACAGCCCUGCCUGCAGGAGCAGGUCGGGAUCCAGACAUGGGCCGCGGUGAAGCCGGUGCUGGUCGUGCCGCCCGCCCUGGGCCUGACCUGGCUGGUCGGCGAGCUGGUGCACCUCAGCCCGGCCUGGGCCUACGCCGCCGUGCGCCUCAAUUCCUCUCAGGGGCCGUACAUCUUCCUGGUCUAUGCUGCCUACAACGGGGAGGUCCGGAGCGCCCUGCAGAGGAUGACAGAGAAAAAGACAACAGAGGCCUUCACGGCCUGCUCCAGCCCCAUGGGCCCAGGGUCCCACCCGAGGUUCCUGGGUCCCUGGGAGGUGGCUCAGGACAACCCUGUAGCUUUGGUUCCAGCCCGAAGACAUUUGGCUGUUAGAGGGACCCGCAGCCCCAGAAUUCCCACAACCUUCUCCUCCAUUGCAGAACCUGAGAGACCGGCUGUGGGGCUGACAGCAUUCAAGGCAUCAGGGAGCCUCAGCUCCCCCGUCUGCAACGUGGGCAGGGGGCGCCCCCCGCAGGCCAGCGCGCGGCGGGCCUGCCACGGGGCCCACGGCGCCCCCGCACCCCCGCCCCUCCCCCCACCCCCGCAGGCGCGGCGCCGGUGGGAACAAGAGCGGCAGCGGCGCCUCUGCGCUCAAGUGACAGCGCCUUUGUCUCUGCUGAAUGGGCUGGCCCAGAGGCUGCCGGAGCCAGAGGAUGUGGCACAGCCGGGGAGCAUCCGAGCAGCCUCCCUGGAGGAGGCGCACAGAGGGGAAAGGGACGACUUCUGA